AUGGCUCCUCCCUGGCCCCCCAACGGGACGUGGCCGGCGGACGAGGUGGCGGCGUCGGGCAACGGCAGCAGCAAUUGUUCGGGGGCGCUUUGCAGCCUGGGCCGCCAGGGGGCGCUGGGCGCCGCCCUCAGCUUGGCCGUGCUGGUGACGGUGGCGGGCAACCUGCUGGUGAUCGUGGCCGUGGCCAAGACGCCUCGCCUGCAGACCAUGACCAACCUCUUCAUCACCUCGCUGGCUUGCGCCGACCUCAUCAUGGGCUCGCUGGUGGUGCCGCCGGGAGCCACGCUGGUGCUGAGCGGCCGCUGGCCCUACGGCACCACUGCCUGUGAGCUGUGGACCUCGCUGGACGUGCUGUGCGUGACGGCCAGCAUCGAGACCCUGUGCGCCAUCGCUGUGGACCGCUACCUGGCCAUCACGGCGCCCUUGCAGUACGAGGUGCUGGUGACCAAAGCCCGGGCCCGGGGCGUGGUGUGCCUGGUGUGGGCCGUGUCUGCCUUUGUCUCCUUCCUGCCCAUCAUGAACCACUGGUGGCGUGACGGGGCCGACGCCGAGGCGCUGCGCUGCUACCGCGACCCCCAGUGCUGCGACUUCGUCACCAACAUGCCCUACGCCAUUCUCUCCUCCAUCAUCUCCUUCUACGUGCCGCUGCUGGUCAUGAUCUUCGUCUAUGCCCGGGUCUUUGCUGUGGCCACCCGGCAGCUCCAUGUCAUCGAGAAGGACAAGGGCCGGUUCCUGCCGGAUGCUGCCAAGGGCUCCCGACGGAGGAGGCCCUCCCGCCUCCUGCUGGCCAUCAAGGAGCACAAGGCCCUCAAGACUUUAGGCAUCAUCAUGGGCAUCUUCACCCUCUGUUGGCUGCCCUUCUUCGUGGCCAACGUCAUCAAGGUCUUUGCCCGGCCCCUCAUCCCUGACCCGCUCUUCCGCUUCUUCAACUGGUUGGGGUACGUCAAUUCAGCUUUCAACCCCAUCAUUUACUGCCGCAGCCCCGACUUCAGGUGCGCCUUCAAGAAGCUCUUGUGCUGCCCCCGGAGCGCCGAUCGCCGACUCCACGCCGUGUCCCGUGACUUACGCAGGUGCCCCUGUGCCUUCAGUCCCCGGACCUUGUCUGAGAAGGAGAGUAAGCCCAUUGCCACAGUGGCCCGAGAGGAGGAAGAGGAGGAGGAGGAAGAGGAGGAGGAGGAGAUGGGCACCAACAGUACCAGCAGUGGCUCCAGCAGCAGGACUGGGGAAACCAAGCUCUCCUGCCUCACCAGCAAUGGGCUUGGUGGGGCACAGCGCCCCCUGGGGGAAGCCCAACUCCAAGGCACCCAGAUCACCUUGUGCCCGCAGCUGGAAGAGUAG